CAUUCCUCUACGAGCGGUAUAAUUUUGUCUGUCACGAUAGCUAUACGUGGAGUUAUUGUUUCAAUAUAACGGAUAAGGCUAACAAUGCCGCUGCAAGUUCACGACGUUCAGCAAAAUGUCGUGGAGCCAAUGCAGGUUGAUGCUCCUACAGAGGAUAAUGAUAAUGCUGAGGAAGAACCAUAUAUAGUAGAAAAUCCAACGCUGGACUUGGAGGUAUAUGCCAACAGUUACACUGGACUUGCAAAGUUACACAGGCUUGUAUAUAUCGCUGAUCAUUGUCCAUCAUUACGAAUAGAAGCAUUAAAGAUGGCGAUUACUUAUGUGAUGACUACAUACAAUGUUGGACUCUAUGUAAUGUUGCAUAAAAAGCUUGUGGAGGCUAUGGGCUUUACUCCUGGAUUACCAGAUAUAGCGGCACAGUCAACCUCUCAAGAUAUGCCAACGAUGGAUCAGACAUGGGUAGAGACUCGAUCUAAGAAGGCUGCUCUUAAAUUAGAAAAGUUUGAUACUGAUCUGAAGAAUUACAAGAGCAACUCUAUCAAGGAGAGCAUACGAAGAGGUCACGACGAUUUGGGAGAUCACUAUUUGAAUUGCGGCGAUCUCGUUCAUGCUUUAAAAUGUUACUCUAGAGCACGGGAUUAUUGCACUAGUGGCAAGCACGUUGUGAACAUGUGUUUGAAUGUAAUCAAAGUUUCUGUUUAUCUACAAAAUUGGUCUCAUGUACUUAGUUAUGUCACCAAGGCUGAAAGUACACCAGACUUUCCAGAACUACAUGGUAAAGACAACAAUCAAGCAAUAGUCACGAAAUUAAAAGUGGCAGCAGGCUUGGCAGAAUUAGCAACAAGAAAGUAUAAAAUGGCUGCAAAACAUUUUUUACAAGCAUCUUUAGACCAUUGCGACUGCCCUGAAUUACUAUCCCCUGGAAAUGUAGCUCUUUAUGGAGGACUUUGUGCUUUAGCAACCUUUGACAGACAUGAAUUGCAAAAACAAGUUAUAUUUAGUAGUUCCUUCAAAUUAUUUCUAGAAUUAGAACCACAACUUCGAGAUAUAAUUUUCAAAUUUUACGAAUCAAAAUAUGCAUCUUGUUUGAAACUGCUCGACGAGAUAAAGGAUAAUAUUCUCUUGGAUAUGUACAUAGCACCUCACGUAAAUCUGUUGUAUACACAAAUUCGGAAUAGAGCCUUGAUACAAUAUUUUAGUCCUUACCUAAGUGCGGACAUGAGACGAAUGGCAACUGCAUUCAAUAGAACUGUAUCCGAAUUAGAAGACGAGCUUAUGCAACUUAUUCUUGAUGGUCAGAUUCAGGCUCGUAUAGAUUCACACAACAAGAUUUUAUAUGCAAAAGAUGUCGAUCAACGUAGUACCACUUUUGAAAAGUCUAUGAGCGUUGGAAAAGAUUAUCAGAGGCGUACUCGUAUGUUGAUCUUAAGAGCUGCAAUGUUAAAACAUCAUAUUCACGUGAAGAGUCCUCAACGAGACAGUACACAAGGAGGUGAAAUGUCAGUAGCACCUGGAAAUGGCACUUUAGCAGUAAAAAAUUGAAUGCGCAUUGAUCAGAAAAGCAAAUUUAUAUGCGUGUCUCUCUCUUUCAACUGCCAUGUCCAUCUAAAAAGUAUGAGAUAAGAUUUCACUAUCACAUUCGACAUUGCAUUAUUUCUGCAAAGUCAUUGACCUAUACCUCAUUUUCAACAUAUAAUAUAUAGUAUGUACACAACACAAACAAACACACACACACACACA